UUUCAUUACCAACUGACUCACUUUGUGAGGUGUGAAAACAGGCUGCACAGCCAAAAUUGCUCUACGACAAUAGAAACGGAGUAAACUGUCCUUUUGACCAACUUUGGGUUUCAUGUUUAAAAUUUUUUAAAUAUUUCUUACCAAAAAACAACUGGGAAUAAUGUUUUUCCAUUUAAUUAUUUUGUUAGUAUCCUUGAUGAGUUUUCUGCGGGAUCUCAAUGUAUUCAGUUGUGAUAACAACUGUGAAGAAAAACCUGUGUUCACUCCAUCCAGACUGGUAGUGAAGUAUGACGACCCAACCUCUGCCAACUGCUCUGUAUGUCGGCAUACUUGCCUCAACAGCUUAUUUGGUUUGGAAAAAUCUGUGGGAGAGAUAACAACAAACGGAACCACGAUUUCAUGGACAGUUGACAGAAUGACUGAAUGGGACACAUCUCCCAUCUGCUAUUAUAAUUAUGAUGGGCACCAGUGUUGUAGCUUCCUGAAUGUAACUCUCUAUCAGCUUCCACAUAAUGUGUCCAUCAGCUUUGUUAAUCACUCUGGGCCGAUGUUGGAGGGUCAUCAGUACACUCUGCAGUGUACAGUACUGGAUGUUGCUCCUGUUAAAGACCUCACUGUGACCUUCUACAGAGGACACACAGCACUGGGUCAACGGCAGUCUAACAACAACAAAGAGAAGAAACCAGUGACCAAGAGCUUCACUUUUAACAUCACACCCAGUAUAGAAGAUGAUGGAGUCCAGUACUGGUGUGAAGCCAAGCUAGAACUGGGACCUGAAGGACCACGGCACCCUCCAGUGGUGAUGUCGCAAAACGUCACCGUCACUGUCUACUAUAAGCCUCAUCUAAAGGGGUCAUGGCAUCCAGAUCCAGUUAUUACCCUGGAAGGAAACCCUCUACAACUGAACUGCUCGGCUGUAGGAAACCCCAGCCCUUUAUACACUUGGACGUUUCCGUUAGCUAGCACUCCCGUUUCUGGCAGGACCCUUCUCACUAUCAACUCUGUAACUACUGCAGAUGAAGGGCAGUACACCUGUUCUGUCAGCAACGAUGUAGGAAGUCUUAAGGUGAAGUUUGAGGUGGUUGUCCAAGGUUUGGAGUAUGGAACAACCACAACCACAAAAACAACAACCACAUCGAACAGUAGUACCAGCAGCACUCUUCACAGGUUCAUUAUAUGUUUUAUGCUGUUAUUCUCUGCUCUGGUUUGAGUUAAUUCCCAGAGAAGGAAGAUGAGGUUGGUUUAUGGAAUAAUAACAUGUAAUAGCCUCCUUCUAAUAGCAUUAAGAAGCAAGCCUGUUGUCUGAUUACAAUGUACUACUGAUAUUUAUUUAUAUUCCGGUAAACAUGGCUUCAGUUCAGCUGUAUAUCCCCUUACCAGCUUAGCAACAUGGACUGGAGCAAGAGUUUCAGAGUGGUGAGUUAUUCAUUUGUAACAAAUGUAUU